GUUUUCCAGGUGGUGAUCUCUGAAAUUGCUCAGUGAGCACCCCUAAUUAACCUGAUUUUUUGGUGAUAAUCACUCACAAUGGAAUCAAAUCAAAAAUCCGGGGAUGGAUUGGCCGGCACACAGAAAGAAGCUGCCCUCCGCACAUUAAUUCAGCGCACAGGAUAUAGUUUGAUUCAGGAAAAUGGCCAAAGGAAAUAUGGAGGGCCGCCACCAGGCUGGGACGGACCACCACCAGAAAGAGGCUGUGAGAUUUUCAUUGGGAAAUUACCUCGAGACCUUUUUGAAGAUGAACUUAUACCUCUAUGUGAAAAAAUUGGUAAAAUCUAUGAAAUGCGGAUGAUGAUGGACUUCAAUGGAAACAACAGGGGAUAUGCUUUUGUAACAUUCUCUAGCAAACAGGAGGCCAAGAAUGCAAUUAGGCAACUGAAUAAUUAUGAAAUUAGGAACGGUCGACUCCUUGGGGUUUGUGCCAGUGUAGACAACUGCCGUUUAUUUGUAGGAGGAAUCCCUAAAACCAAGAAGAGGGAAGAAAUUUUAACAGAGAUGAGGAAAGUUACGGAUGGUGUCAUUGAUGUCAUCGUGUAUCCCAGUGCAGCGGAUAAAGCAAAAAAUCGUGGAUUUGCUUUUGUGGAAUAUGGAAGUCAUAGAGCGGCAGCUAUGGCAAGAAGAAAAUUACUACCAGGAAGGAUACAAUUGUGGGGACAUCCUAUUGCUGUAGACUGGGCAGAGCCGGAGGUUGAGGUGGAUGAAGAUACAAUGUCAUCAGUCAAAAUCCUCUAUGUGCGAAAUCUUAUGUUAUCAACUACUGAAGAGACAAUUGAAAAGGAAUUCAACAACGUUAAACCAGGAUCAGUGGAACGAGUCAAGAAAAUCAGAGACUAUGCAUUUGUGCACUUUAACAAUCGGGAAGAUGCAGUUGAAGCCAUGAAAAGCUUAAAUGGGAAGAUGUUGGAAGGCUCUCCCAUUGAAGUCACAUUAGCCAAGCCCGUAGAUAAAGACAGUUACAUUAGAUAUACCAGAGGCACUGGAGGACGAGGAACUGUGCUGCCAGAAUACACCUAUACCUUUGGACACAUAUAUGACCCGGCUACAGCCUACCUGGGAGCCCCAGUAUUCUAUGCACCUCAAGCCUACGCUACUAUUCCCAACCUUCACUUUCCUGCUUCUAAAGGACAUCUCACCAACAGGGGCAUUAUCAGGCCUCCAUCCAUUAGAGAAAUUUACAUGAAUGUACCUGUAGGGGCUGCCGGAGUUAGAGGACUAGGAGGCCGUGGCUACUUGGCCAACCCUGGCGUGGGCCGUGGAUACCAGCUCAAAGGAGAAAAGAGAGGGGAAGACAAACUUUAUGAUCUUUUGCCCGGAAUGGAGCUUACGCCAAUGAAUCAUGUCAGUUUAAAACCACAAGGAAUCAAACUUGCUCCACAGAUAUUAGAAGAAGUAUGCCAGAAGAAUAACUGGGGACAGCCGGUGUACCAACUUCAUACUGCCAUUGGUCAAGACCAAAGACAGCUGUUCUUAUAUAAAAUCACCAUUCCUGCCCUUGCUAGUCAAAAUCCUACUAUGCAUCCUUUUACACCACCCAAGUUAAGUGCAUAUGUAGAUGAAGCCAAAACAUAUGCAGCGGAAUACACCCUUCAGACCUUGGGCAUUCCCACCGAGGGAGCAGAGACUCCUACUGCUACAGCUGCUUUUCCAGGAUACAUUGCUAAUGCCGCUGCCACUGUAGCCGCCACUCAGCUCAAGCAAGCAGUGACUCUGGGACAAGAUCUGGCCACAUACGCGGCCUAUGAAGCGUAUCCAGCAUUUGCAGUAGCUACUCGUAGCGACGCAUAUGGAGCCUUUUAGCCAUCCUGCUUUAUCUAAAGCAAUGUUUUCCAUUUAAUCAAGCUAUAACAGGGGCAGGAACUACUUCAGGCUAAUGAUUAGUUGGACGCAAUUAAUUAAUUAUUAGGCAAACUGUGGUGAAGCCGCCAUUACUUGCUUUUAGGUUAGCAGAUUAAUAAUAGUAAGCAUAGAUAAAUUUAAAACAGAGGGGAAACAAACAAACUUAACAGGAACCUAGAAGAUGUUUUCCCCCUUUAAAAGGGCGGGGGAUUGGGGGGAGUCUUCAUGGGUGCAUUGCUUGGUUUGUGUUUACAAAUAAUUAUCCGUAAUGGAAAUUUUCAAUAGUAUUUUUCACAGUGACAAGACUUGUGAACUUGUGAUGCUUUGAUAUUUCUUCAGUUUCCUAGCUGUAAAGCAUUUUACACAGUUAUGAAUUGUACAUGCCUGCUAGGACUGACAGGAUCGGGAGUCAUAGGAUCUGUGUCAUAGUGGCUGACACAGUCCCUGUAAUGCAGGAAUUGCACAAAUGCAGUUGCGCAGUGGAAGCCAUUGGAAAUAAUGGCCAUUCAUUAUGCAAUGGCAUUUACGCAAAUGAUGCAUUUUGUGAAAGAGUGCUCAUGCUCGACCGCAUGCACGGCCCAUUACAAGGCAAAUGGAGUGCUGCAUGGCAUGUAAGCCAGUGGCUGACAUACAGACGAGUUUUGCACUAGCACAACAAGAGGAUUUGUGCACACUGAAGACAUUUGCAGAGCUCCGUGAAGUUGCAGUGCUUUGCGCAACUGUGGGCCAUACAUAAGAUUGUGCUGCUCAUUGCGCAACACAGUGUGCAAUCUGUUGCGCAAUUCAUGUGCAAUGAGUCAACCUCUUCCACUCAUGCAAGAGCUAGUCUGGAACAGAUAUCCCUUUCUUUGCACAAUGCAAUUGUGCUACAUCUUUGCACUAUCCUCAACAGCAUUAUGCUAGUGGAACACUAGUCUGGGUGUAGGCCUUUGAUAGAGACAAUUGCGGGUUUCAUGUAUGUAAGUGACUGUUGCAGCCAUAUUCACUGGCCACAAUCAAGGAUAACAUUACAUGUGCCAUUCCAUUGAAAUAAAUGGGAUUCUGUACCCUUAAAUUAAUUCUAUAUUGAAUUCUGGCCAUUGUGCACUAGAACAUUACAUGAGAAUCAUUUUCAAAGAUGCAUGGGUAAACUAUGCCUUCACAAAGGUGCUGGCUUCUGUUUUAAAGUUUUGACAGUCUCAAGACUUUACAUUCAGAAUAAAAUAGCAUUUCUAGCAUGAUCAUGGCUGGGGGGGGGGAGAGCUUAGCUGACACCCAGCUGGUGCCAAAAAACCAAUGUUGCACACACGUAAGCAUGUUGCAUAGCAGCACAGCUGCUCAGAGUUGCGCAAUCCCUGGUACCCUUGUUCUACUUAUGCAAGUGUUUCAUUUGUACAACAAGGAAAGCAGGACAGGAUGUGGCCUACCUCUGCACAGCCUUAACCCAGGCUAGCAUGGAAUGACUUGAUUUUCUUUGCGUCAUUCCCUUUAACAUGAACUGAAGAAGAGGUUUCACAUUAGGAACUACACCACAGGUUGUGCACUCUGUUGUGCAGGCACUACACUGGUUUGAAAUGCAAGCUCCCAACUCAGAAGCACUAAGUGGUGCAACAGCCUUCUGUUAGCACAACAUGUUUGUACAAGUGCAACAUCAGUCUGGCUGUCAGUCCUUUAAUCUACAAAGACAGUGUUUCAAAGACAAAUCAAUGGGUUCCUAUGUUCAUUUUUCAGAUCUCUCUCUCUUUCGCCCUCUCCCUCAUUCUAGUGUUUCUCAGGGCAUAAUUAUUUGAAUUGUUAAGUCCAAAUAUUCAAGGAAGACUUUCAUCCUGCUCCUAUGCAUCUUUACUUAGAAGUAAGUCCCACUUCAAUGAAGACCUUAGAAGUAAGUCCCACUUCCAAGAAGAUAGCUGGAAGACUGCAUUUGUAGAUCAUUGUCAUAAGUGAUUUUAAUUUGGAUGGGUGUUUUUUUAAAAACCCUCCACAUAUGUAAGUCAAAUAAAAAUACAUAAACUUAUGGCUAAUAUAUAAAUAGUUCCUGUCCGCUUUCUCUCUUUCAUGAGUUUCAUUUGCAAAUGAUGCUUUCCAUACUAAAAGGGGAUCUUUGGAUCUCCACAAAUGCCCUUAGCUGGUUUGAUGUGCAUACAAGGACUUCACAAAGCAUAAAGUGUUUGUUUCAAAUCUGUUACUAAACAGCUCAAAGCAUAUUUGGCAACAAAUCAAAGCAUAUUUGGCAACAGUGAAAAACAAAGCUGGAUUUUGAUAUUCCCAAUAACAGUUAUAUUGAAUGUACAAGUCACUCUCAAAGUACAUGCAUAAAAUCCAUGAGCAUCAAACAUGAACAUCUUUCUAAUCUUUGCUUCUAGCUAAAACCAGUUCUUCAAGGGUACCAUGUCAUCAACAUUAUAGUAAUUCUUUGCUGCUAUAAAUCGUUGAGAGAACAGAAAUAAGAGCUUGUGGUAGGGAAAUCCUUAGCAGUUCUGCCAUGUUAACAUGAUUUUCUAAUUAAAGCAAAGACAGUACUGUUUAUUGAUUUUCUGGAAUAGAUUCAGUGUACCAUUAGUUUAAGAUCCAAUAUGUUCUUGGCUAUUAUCUGCAUGCUGUUCUUGGAAGUCUUGUUGAUUGAUUAGAAUUCCCCAUCUUUAAAAUAAAUUUUAAAAAACCCUACAUUUGUAGAACAGGAAAGGGCACAAACUGUUUCUGUUUUCAGUACAUUAUGAAGAAUUUCAGCUUGUAAGUAAUCCAUUAAUGGUCUCCAGUGCCAAAAGAUACCAGCUACUGAGGUGACCUACAGUGCCAGAUUGUUCAGUGGUCGGGAAAAUGUUCUAGCCCAGGAUGGGAAAAUGUUCUAGCCAACUAGAAGUGGCUGUCCUGGGUUGCAGGCAGGCAUCUAUCAGACAGAAGUCUUUGUGAUCUGAGAUCUGUUUUUAAUUGGAGGUGCCAGAGAUUGAACCGGGGACUGCAUACAAAGCAUGAGUUUACCUACUGACCUAUGAUCUCCCUCCCUACUUUUAAGGUCCAAUGAUCAUGUGGGGGCCAUGUCUUUUUCCCCACAACAUCGGCCUUCUGUAUGCCAUGGGUAACCACAUAGAUUGAGAAUUUUUCUCCUUACUAGAGCAGAAUCUGGAGUAGGGGGUUAAGUGUUUGCAUUGGCAUGGAUAAUCUCCCACAGUGAGAUGCUAACAUAAAGUCAUCACAUUGAUAAAGUAGCCCCAAGGACUAAUGUAAAGCAGUCUGUGUAUAUUGAACUCAAAUCAUUUUUGUCAUUUAAUUAUACCAUUGAAAGUAGCCCAGGUUUAUUCACACAUCUAAUGUUAAAUGGGGGAAAUACUGUUCUCUGGUAGAAAUUGUUGCUUAGUUUUAUUUGUUAACUAUACUUUCUCCUCUCCUGCAACUAUUUAUAGAUUGUAUGUAAGAUAAAGUGGGUGCCGAAGACACAGCAACAGUAUUAACAAGUGUGUGCAUAAAAGCACUUAUAUUUUUCGUAUUUUUAGUACAAUCUUUGUAAAGAAUUCCUGCACUAUGAAAUCAUUUAAAUAGUUACAUUUGGAACAACUGUUUGUUUUGAAAACAUAGUUAAACUGGCAUCUCUUGAAUUACAAACUGUCAAUUAGCAAUAAUCAGGUCAGAUUAAAUUCUGUGAAACUGUCUUGUAAAUCAAAUAGUGAUUAAGAAAUUAUUAAACUUGCUAAAAUAAUACAGAA